GGGUGCCGCUCCGGCAGUCCCGGCCCCUCCUCCGGCCGCUCUCCUGCCGGGUCCCGGCUAACAGGCCCCGCCGAGCCCCUACCGGAGCGCCCCGGCGGGGAGCGGCGUAGCGGGCAGCGGCUCGGGAGUGGUUCCGGGUCGGAAAGGCGGCUCUGCCGUAGGAGCGCGGACCGGGGAGCAGCGGCGACAUGCGCUUCCGCUUCUGCGGGGACCUGGACUGCCCCGACUGGGUGCUGGCCGAGAUCAGCACCCUGGCCAAAAUAUCCUCGGUGAAGCUGAAGCUGAUCUGCGCCCAGGUGCUGCGGGACCUGCUGGGGGAGCCCAUCGAGUAUGACAAGAUCCUGAAGCUGACCUCAGAUGCAAAGUUAGAGUCAGGGGAUGUGAAGGCGACCAUUGCUGUCCUCGGCUUCAUCCUCUCCAGUGCAGCCAAGCACAAUGUAGACAGUGAGUCUCUGUCAAGCGAGCUGCAGCAGCUGGGACUGCCCAAAGAGCAUGCCAGCGGGUUGUGCCGUUCCUAUGAGGAGAAGCAGAGCCCCCUCCAGGACAGGCUCAGGGCCUGCAGCCUGCGAUUGAGCCAGCUGGGCUCGGUGCACUGGCGGGUGGAUUACACCCUGAGCUCCAGCGAGCUGCAGGAGGUCAAUGAGCCCGUGGUGCACCUCACCUUCAACGUGCGGGACAGAGAGUGUGAGAAGAUGACGGCUGUCCCUGUGACGCUCUCGGCCAACAAGUUCUGGGUGCUGCUGGCAGAGCUGAAGCAGGCCCAGGCGCUGAUGAACACCCUUCUCUAAGGAGCC